GCGAGACCAUUGUAAAUGCAGCUCACAUCCAAUGCAGACGGUGGCGCAUAUCAUUAUCGAGCUCAGCAAGAUGAACGCAGACAAAUAAAGGAGGAACAGAAUCGCUCAGUGACAUUUUAUCAACACACCAUGUCUAAACUGCACGGUUUAAGGGGUUUUCUGACAGAGAGGUUAACUUUGGCUGCCCAGGAAAUUUUUACGGCGGUUGAAGACCUAUUUGCAGACUAUAAUGAUGAGAUUUGUCGCUCCAGACAUGAGAUAGAGCUGCUGAAGAGACGCCUGCAGGAGGCUGGAGUUCAGAUUCAUUCUGAAUCACAGCCCUGCUCCUCUGAGGCUUCAGCGCCAAAAUGCACCCAGACAUUUUCAGAAGAGCAGUGGAGAUCUAAAUAUGACGGGAAGGAUACAGAGAUGCAUAUAAAACUAAAGGUCUUUGCAAAGCAGGAAGAGAAUAGAGUGCAGAUGCCUGUGUGUAAUGAGUCUGCAUCUUUAUCAGCAUGUACGGACAUUGAAGAUGAUCAGAUGGUCAGCAAAGACAUUGCAACCUACAUGAUGGAAGAUUUUACCCUCAUUAAUCAUGCUGCUCAGAUUAAGAAUGAACCUGAGCCUAAUCCUGAAAUUGGUAGUGCCUAUCAGGCACAGCACAUCACAAGAUACAGCUGGGAUGAUACAGAGGACAGUGAUGCAUCCAGCAGCGGCAUCAAAAUAGAAGGUAGCCACAAUGGCUCCCCUGCUCAUGAGUCACAACUGCAUGAACUGCCCAACAGAAAUCAAGAGAUGUUGACACCGAGUAGGAUGGAGCUGUCACAAAUAAGAGCGAGGAUACCAGUCAAGAUGUCUGCCAGGCUACGGGUAAUAAUGGAUGGUAAAAUCCGCAAGCUUGUCUUGCCAAGUGGAAUCCCUCGAACUGUACCUGAACUGAAAUUGCGGAUACAGGAAACAUUCAUGCUUGACAGGGAUUUCUGCCUACACUACUUGGACUCUGAUUUUGAGGGUCAAUUUUUUACUUUGAUGGCCACAGAUGAAAUCAAAGACAAUGAUACAAUCAAAGUUGUUUUCAUAGAACCACAGCCUGUAAUGACAUUGACUCUUCAGGAGUGCUUCAGUUCCAUUGGCCAGGAAAGUUACCAUUACUCCACUAUGCCAAAUGAAGACACCAGCUCAUCGGGAUACCGAGACGCAGUCGGCUUAUUCUCACCUGAGAGUACUUCUAGUUCUUCCCUACGUUCCCAUCCUUGGCCAACUCAAUUUGAGAUACCUUCCUUUGCAUAUGACACAGAGCUCAUUCUUAAAGCUGGCAAUGAGGCAUACACAAAAGAUGGAAGCUUUCUCAUCAAUCCAAGUGUCAAAUCUGACAUUCUAGAAAAACUUGCUGAAAGCAUUUUUGAGUACACCGCAUACCCUUCCAGUGCUCAAAGGGAGCAGGUUGUCGAAGCCUUGAUUCAAAAGCACCCAUGCCUUAGGGAGCCUGGAUCCUUUAAUGGCUUAUAUGGAUGGAAUACCAGACUUAAGUACAAGAUGGGCAAUUACAGAGCUAAGAUCAGGUCCAUAGGUUGCCCCGAACUUGAUGCGAACAGCAUUAAGAGAAAAGCCAUAGAUGAGAGAACUCCAGCCAAGAACAUUAAAAAACCAAAGAAGGCAGAGGUAAAUUACCUACCACCACAUCCACUUGGUGAAACUGAUGAGACCCUGGAAAAGGAGCGUGUGGAGCUACUGUAUGAGGUUAAGAAGAGGGACAACAACCAAACUGUCUGUCAGAAAAUGCAAAAGACCUUCUCUUACCGCAGAAAAGAGAUUAUUCUACAAAGCCUUCCUGUGAUUGAUAUUAAAACACGAUGGCCUGCUUUGUUUCAGCCCUCACAGAUUGAAGAAGAAUUUCAAAGGAUUACUACAAUCCGACUGCAAUCAACAUUCAUGCAGAAAUUAGACUUCUACACCCCAAAGCUGCUCAAUAUGUUCAAAAAAAAGGGUGGUGCUGCAGGAGGGAAAAUCAGCAAGGCCAUGGAUUUGCUCUAUACGAGCAACACCAUUGAUAGAAGGCGGCAUGUUGUUAUCAGUAGCCUCAUCACAUACCUUGGCGAGAAAGUGGAAAACCUGAUAAUGGAGCACAAGGAUCUGUAUGAUGAUGACCUCACUUCCCUGAUCCUCAAGAUUUUUGUCAUCAGCAGAGUCACUGAUGACAACAGUCCCACAGUGGGGAUAGUCUUUGAAGGAUCAGAGGUGCUUACUGGUGUUUCCGAUGUACCCCAAGCAUGUGCUUUCCUAAUGGGACUCAUUUAUGCUUUAAACCUGAGCUACCCUAAAGAACUUAAAUAUACCUUUGAAGUUUUUCAGAAGGUCUUUUUGGAGCUGGAUGCAGGGAAUCUGUCUUCCAAGGUGCACACUUUAAAGAGCAAAUUACUUGCUUAAAAGGCAUUGGUUUUCUUGCAUACGUGCCUCCAUUCUAUUUUUACAAUUCAGAUUUUUCACAGACUUUAAAUGUGUACAAGUAGAAGGUAGUUCAUUUCAAUGUG